AUGGCAGCUAUCACCUUUACUGCUCCUGUGUCUGUACCUGCAAACGUGGCACUCGUUGCCGGAGCGACUGUCUCAGGGUCAAUCUCUCUUCCAACCACGACAAGUCUUGUCACUUGGACCGCAUUGAGUGCAUAUUACGGAAGCUCACCGCCAGGAACCGUCACUUUUACCGCCAUCUUCUCAAUCGCAGCCCCUCUGGAGUCAAGAAUCAUUACUGGAAAUGGCGACUUCACGAUUUAUCCCAACCCUGGCAGCCCAGCCACAGUCAGCGCAGCGUUUACUGGCACUCCUCCGAAUGCGUCUUUGACAGGGCCGACUAAAUCUAUAUCGCAGCAACCCUCAGCAUCGCCAACCCCAUCUUUAAGCUCUCUAUCGUUGUCGACCUCCCCAGCUUCGUUUGCAACAUCUCUAGGCUCUUCAUCCUCUGCCACCAGUCCCGUGUCUGCUCAGCCUACACAAACCAAGUCGCCCAUCGUCAGCAAGGGCUACAGUACUGCUGAUCUGGCAGGAGCAGCAGUGGGAUGCGGGAUCGGAGGUGCCCUACUUGUCGGCGUGGCCGCGUUUCUCAUGUAUCGAAGGCGUAACAGAAGAAACCUUGGGACCUCUCGCAGGUCUGAAAAAGGGGGUUCUGAUCCAGUCGGCAGCAAUGAAGAUGUGGUCGUGGCAGAGACACGAGCAUGGGAAAGGCACCUUCCACAGUCCGAAUCUGACCAAGCUGUCCGCAGUAUGGCCAGUCGCACCCUAGAUCAAAUUGAGAUGCACGUCGAGAACUUCUACCAGGACGCAACCAAUGUGUCUAUCAGCCGAGCAGCUGAGUCGGAGAUGCGAAAUUUGGACUCUAGUCAUCUGCCUGACUCUGUCUCGAAUCUCAUCAGGACAUCUCGCAGACCUACCUGUUUGAUCAAACAUUGCAUUGCCAAUCUGAUCCUGUCGCGGAUUGACUUCGAGAAAGGUUCAGGCGACUCGUUUUUACCCGGAAGUAUGAUAGCUUUGGAACCUUCGUCGACUGCACCGGAAAAGCAAGGAUUUGCACAAGCAUUUGCCCACUGGCGAGUCAUAUCCGCCUAUAUAAGGCGAGAGCCAGAGCGUGACGAGGCCUAUCGAGUAGAGCGUGAUCGAAGAAUCACUGCUGCUGCGACAAAGUUGUGCAUCGCUUUCGAGCCCUGGGCUCGCUCGGCGGAGAAUGCCCGUUUCCAAAGCAUUGUUGGCAUAAUGCAACGAGCCAGUGACUUGGGGAUCAUGUUGUUUUCACAGCCUGCUUCAUUCCAGUGGCAAUGGGAAGCUGGAAACAGGGGAGGAGCGACCAAGAAUAGACCAGGACAGGUUGCCGUACUCCCAGGGCUCUACAAAAUGACGGACGAGGAAGUACACCAACUUGCGUCCCCGAUACACCUGAUUGAGCCUCGAUUAGGCUGGCAUGACAAGUUUUAA